AUGGUGGCUGUGACUGGAGAAGAUGAGGGGGAACGCUUGGAAUUACCCGCGUUGAACCUGGCAGUGCUUCUAAACUCACAAACAAAUGGACAGGAGGGCAAUGAGGGGCAAUCAGAAGGCAGGACUGUUGCAGGAGUGCUAGAGAAGAGGCGAAUAUGCUAUCAGGCGGCGCUGGUCAGUGAGAUCGUCGACGGCAGAACCGUCCGCUGCAUGCCAAUAAGCGCUGCUGGAGACUUUUCAGCGCUAAUGGACGAGGAUGAAGCCGCUAAAGUGCCGCCAGUGACAGCUGCGUUGAGGGUCCCAUCGAUAGUCUAUGUUAACAUGGAGGAGCCGCCGCAGUGCUGUAUCAAAUGCGCUGUUGGUAAUGCCAACCUGAAGCAGCAGCUCUUUCAGCUGACAGGCAUAGAAGCCCCGCGUGUUGAUUUUAAUGAGGCGCAUUUGGCGGACCCUAGCUCGUGCUCCUUAUUGAGGGUUUACAGAAGCCAACACAUGGACUUGCAAGCGGAACCAAUGGGUACUGCAUCUGCUGCUUCGCUCUCAGACCUAGUACUGGGCAGGGUGGUGCUGCUGCAAAUAGACAGUGUAGACGGCGAUGGAGGCUGGCACGGCAGGAUGCUGUUGCCUGCCGUUUGUAACUCUCAAGUCGAGGGGAAUUGCAAAGUGGCGAAGCUGUACAGACUUCUGGCGAGCAGGGCCGUGGCGAGGGAACGUGCACUUCAUGGACCAUUGGAGAAUUUGCCCGAAUCUGAAGGCGAAUGGGGCCGCGUGGAAGCAAUAUCGCGGCUGAUCAUGAAACGGCGAGGUGCAAAGGGAGUGGAGGACAUCUUGACAUUCUUUUUCGGAACAAUUUUCGACAGCUCCGUUUGUCCUCCUACAAUGGCCGUUACGGACGUGGCACAUGUCAUGUUGUUUCGCGGGCUUGCGUGGGUGGGUGCAGAGACCCUAUGCAAGUCCUCCAAAGAAAACCGAGUCCAGUCGGAGCAACAUAUGCUGGCUGUCGAAGAGGGAGCCGAGACGCAGAGCCGAGGAGUGUGGAGUCUUCCCUUCGACUUGUUUGAAAAAUUGCCUGUAGCUAACCGUCGCCGUCGCCGUUUCAGUGGAGAGCGCAGUGACUUUCCAGCGUUGCUGAUCGCGCAGCUACUUAACCAUGCACUGGCCCCUGAGGGGGGGUCGAGGAAACGUGGGGAUCAAAUGAGUCAGGGACUCAUUUUCGCGGCCUUAGUCGUCCGGGUUGUUGACGGCGAUACUGUUCGUUUGGUUCCGGUUCUUUCGGACGAGGCUGUCAGAAUACAUGUUGAUCCUGCAGAAAGGCAAAGGAGGUCGACAGUCAAAGCGGCGAUGAGCGGAUCCACAAGAUGGAUUAUGGAUUGUCCUUUUUACCCAGAAGUGGAGCUGAGUUCUUGGUCGAGUGAAGAGAAGAGUGAGGAAAAAAUGUCGAUGGAUACCCGCUCCAUUCUUACGCAAGUUUAUGGUAUCGAUGCACCCGAAGUACGUGUUGGUGGAGUCAGGCAUCGCUAUACAGGUCGCUGCGAUUACACACAGACAGUAGAUUAUGGCAGUUUUGACUUAGAUAUUGGUGGACAGCCACUUGGAGUAGCGGCCACGCGAGCCCUCGCAGAGUUAGUAUUGGGGCGCGUUGUGCUUGUGAAGAACUUGGGGAGAGAUCGCUACAAGCGACUAAUUGGGCGAAUCUUCGUUUCCGCGGUAUCUGACCGUCUGGUAGAUAAGGAACACAAAUAUAAGGAGUUUUUUGCCGCAUUGCUUUCUAGAAUGCGCGGGAAGGGGCUUGUGGAGGGUUCUCUGGCCACGACUGGGGUCGAAGGUGUAGUGGAGGCUGUUAAGAGGCUAUCUGAGAAGAAGGUAAAGGGCCUGCAGUCCACAAUUUUACAGUGUCUGCAUGAAAUACGACUGGACAAUAUCAGUGGUUUGGUGGAUGCAAGUGAGGAAAUGCUCCGGAGGGGGCUGGCUAUUGUGUACACGGGAGAGAGGGUCAUGUAUGAUGGAAAUGAACAGAAAGAUCGUCUAUGUUGUUUGGAGGAUACCGCCAAACGGAGACUUUGUGGACGGUGGGGCUUGCCAGAAUAUUGUCAAAUUGACCCGAAGGAUUUCCGGCACGAGCACGGGAGGAACCGCGGAGGAAAACCUCGGGGAACGCUCCGCCAGCGUUGCAUGGAUGCGCUUUUGGGGAUUACGGAAGCUGUCAACGGCUCUCAAGAGUCAGGGGAAGUGAGAAAUGGGGAACUUGAGACCGCACGUACUCACGCAUUGAGCGUAGGAAUGUGCGGGUGUCAAGUGAUCGUGUAA